AUUCUCGUCUUUAACCGCCGCAUCAGCUCUUCUUUAAUUUAGGUGGAUCCGAAAGGCAUUUCACCAUUAUAAUUGGUCUUACAAGGAGAAAAAAGGAGAGAAAGGAUAAUUGUCCAAGGACAUCGUUCUCGUUCCUGUUUUAAUUAGACAUUGCUUUGUGUCAGAGCAGCUGCGAAGGUCCCUAAUUAGAGGUGAUGGCUUGUUUUUAUCCUUGCAACACAUCCUCGCCAUUAAUCCACACUCUUUCUUCAGCAUUAAUCUUCGUCUCUUAAUAAGAAAAUCUCGAACGAUUUAAAAACACUCUUCCCCAACAAAAUUUAUCAGGCAUGGACCUUGUGGAUAGCAUGAACACCGCUAUGGACCAGGAAAAACAACAUCGGUCCACACCCUCUCUUCUUGUACGCGAUAACAUCUCGACAAGUCAAGAUAAUCAGGAACCUGAUCAAGAAUCGAUCUCAACAAGUACCACCAUUACAACCCUUGGAAUGGAGCCAUCCACACCAAAUUCGGCGCUUCCAAACAGUAGUGACAGCAAUGCUGUUAAUUAUUCCGCAACUUCAUUACUUGGAACGAACUCGACUCUAGCAUCGCCUACAGAACAUUCAGCCACAACUAAUAAUGCCACCGAGAAUGCCACGGCUACAUCACCUAAAGUCAUCAGCUCAACGCUAAACGAAUUUGUGGAUGGGAAAAGUACCAAUGGUGAGUCAACAGCAGCACCAAUGGAGGCAGAAUCAAGUGCAGAAGGAAUAGAGAGAGCAGAGGGAAUAGAGGAAGCAGAAGCAGUACAGUUGCCUGGAAACGAGGCGUUAGCAACAACAACAGAGCUAGCAAAUGAAGAAGCAGAGUCUACAGAGCCAAAGCCUACAAAAAAGAAAAGAGGCAGACCUGCUGCGUCACCAUCUCAACUCCCAGAACCCCUCGCAGCAUUACCAGCAUCCACCAAAUUACCAGACCUUGAGGAUUUCAACCUGAGGGCAGAGCAGACUAAAAACCCAUUGUUUGUCGCGAUCUGUAAAGUUUUACUUGUCUAUGGCAACCAUUGGCAGAGCGCCAUGGAUCUAGUCGAUGGUGUGCGGCAUUUCGGUCUUGCAAGCCUUGGUGGUCGGACACCAAAGGGUACUAUACAAGGCGCUAUAUCGACAGGAUUGGCUUUAGCACAAGCUCUCAAAACGUUUGAGCCAAUUGAAAAGUUGCGGUUGAAUAGUACAACAUAUUAUCGAAUGGAUCUCAGAGUACUGGAAGAGCCAUCAUCAGAUGCUAGAGAGUCUUUUGAAGCCGGAAAUGAUACAAAAAUUAGAACUACAUCAACCAUACGUAAAAAAAAACCAGCGGGAAGGAAAAAAAAACGCAAACCUGUGGCGCCAUCAUCAGACACUUCGGACUCAGAUAGCAUGGAGGAGGAUUACAAUGAUGAUGAGGACAGGUCCUCAAACGGCUAUUCAAAGCCAUCUUCAAAGCGAGUGCGAACAGAUUCCCCUCCUAUGCAACAAAAGAUUCUUGCUAAGCAAGAUAUGCCAAAUGGCCUCAAAAAAUUACCAAAGGGUUAUGUUUAUGACACAGAUAUCAACCAAUCAGCACUUAUGAACCUAUCUAUCAAUCCUACACAAACUGGGGAGUUCAUGGAGCAUCUGAAAGGUCAACAGGCACUAUUGGAAAUUGAGUAUCCUGACAAGCGGUCACAAUAUGGUGUUGAUCUUACAAAGGAGCCAAUGUGGUUUGCAGUGGAGCAGCAAACUGGUUAUACUUAUCCUCGACUAAGGACUAGCAGACGUGAGAGGCUAACUAAACCAGACUGUGAGGAUGGAUAUGCAGUGGCUGAUUUGAAGCACAGUGAAGGGUAUUUGGGGCGAUUGUUUUGUAUUACUGAUGGUCAUGGUGGACGGGCUUGCUCAUCGUUUGUAAUCGCGACGAUACCUGGCGUAAUGCAGGUGAUUUUGGGAAAAUACAAACCCGAGGAUUUGUCUUUGCCUGAUGUCCAGGAGACUGUGAAAACACGUAUUACAGAGGCAAUCCGGCUGAUUGAUAAGGAGUACCUUGAUCAUAAGAAACAGCAAUAUCUGCUUUACAAGGCCAAAAAACUCCAACACGAUCCUGGCAGUGAUGGUACGACGUUGAUUGUUAAUAUAUUCAUCGACAAAUGGCUCAUCUGUGUGAACGUUGGCGACAGUCGAACAAUUCUAAGCACCAGAGACAUGACAGGACGAUGGAAUGUGGAUUUCUCCAGUGAGGACCACACCCCAUCACUGGAACGACUUGCACAGACAAUCUAUGCUAAUGGUGGCGAGUUUGUGACACACGACGAUAAGGUGAUCAGGUUUGAUCCCAACUUCAAAAACGAUAAAAAACAUCGACAGUCACUAAAAGAAGCACGGAUACGAGUCAAGAAUGGUGCAUCAAAUCUUUAUGGUAUUCCUUACCGAACAAGGAAUGGACAAGCAGCCUCGAUCAACCUGGGGGCCUGCAUUGGCGAUGUAUUGUACAAGCUGGACCCUGUCAAGCCGAUUCUGAGCAGUAAACCUGAUAUUACGUUCAUCGAUAUCUCUAGCAUUCAGCAUGGUUAUUUACUGAUGGCAUCCGAUGGAUUGUGGGACUAUGUGAUGCGAGGAGGCAAAAUGCAGGACCAGAACGCUGCAGUCUCCCAAUUUGUGGGAGACAAGAUUGAUCGAGGUUGGACUCACCAGAGAAUUGUCAGUACAUUAUCGGAUCGCGAAGGAAUGACGGGGCUGUACACGGAUUCGAUUCAGGAAUAUGAUGACUUUACUGCCAUCUUAGUAACCAUUAACAGCACCCAACAGAAUGGGACUCAAGGUUUAGAGAAAAAGUCAGAACCGGAGGGUGAAUCAGCUCAGCAAGAAGCCUCCGAGACUGCAUUCCUUAGUCACCAGGAGCAGCACCAACAAGAGGAUACACCAGCGAUAAAUGGAGGUGAAUCUGUAGUAGUGCAAUCAUCUGAUGUUGAACCUGCCAACAAUGAGGCUGAGCAACCACAGACUUUAGCAAUGCAAGCGGACGAGGACAUGGGGCCUAUAUCUCCCAAGAAUUUACAAUCAUCUAUAUCUGAACAUCUUCCUAGACGGAGCUCUGAAGCUGAGACAAAUAUUUCAGUGGAACGGAUGGAUAUUGACGAGGGUGAGGAUUCCGGUCCUGAGUCAACUCUAACGGACGUUGAUCUCGACGAUAUGUCGACAGAUCUAGAUAUAUCGCCGUCUCAGGACCAAGACCAGAAUAUGGAUGAAGUUAUAGAUCCGAUUGCAAGCCCAGCACGCAAUUCAUCCGAAGACAUUGACAUUUGAUGAUGCAAAGAAGACAAAUAUCCACAAACAAUACAAAAUUAAAUCCCUGUACAG